UUAUUUAUAUAAAACGCAUAAGUAUUCUAACUUAACGCUAGUAGAGAUGAAGGUUCUUCUAAUAUUGGCAGCUGUUGUGGUAGCAGCUUUGGCCGAUGCUUAUAUCCAGCCAGAGUUUUAUCCAGUAGAGAUCAGAGAGUACUCAAACAGUUCCGAUUUGAGAAUAUCUGCUGGUUUGGACGCUGCCAGAAACCAGUUUCCUUACCAAAUUUCUCUACGUGUUAUCAAUGGAAAUAGCCUCUUCCACAUUUGUGGAGGUUCAAUCCUCAGCCCAAGAUGGGUUGUUACGGCUGCUCAUUGCACAUACUAUGCAGCCGAUCAGUUUUGGGUAACUGCCGGAAUCCUGUUGCAAACCGACACUGAAAUUCCCAACCAGCAAACUGUAGCUGUCUCUAAUUAUAUUAACCAUCCUUUAUACCCAGGAGGUUACAGUGUCUCUGCUAACGACAUCAGCGUUAUGCGUCUGGCUUCCCUCUUAACCUAUGGAAUAAACGUACAACCCAUCGCACUUCCAGUUACUGGUGACAUUCCUAGUGGUACUGCUGUCGUGUCCGGAUGGGGAUCACUCGGACCUCCAAAUAACGUUGCUCCCAACAACCUUCAGUUUGUUGAAGUUCCGCUCUUGUCUAAAGAUGACUGUGCCAGUUUAAUAGCUUAUCUCUCUGGAAUGGAUAACCCGUUCAGAACCGCUUUUAACCUUUGCACAACUACUUAUCCUUCGAGCACCGAAGCUGUUUGCAAUGGUGACAGCGGUGGCCCGUUGGUACACAAUGCCCGUUUAGUCGGUAUUGUUUCCUGGGGAUACACUCCAUGUGGAAACCCUGGAUUCCCGUCCAUAUAUGUCGACACUGCUGCUUACAUAUCGUGGAUACAACAAACCACUAACAACCUAUCGGAUUAGUGCAAACUCUGUUCGUUUAUUUUAUUUAAUUUAAAGAUUAAAAAAAUUGAAAA